UUCAUUUUUCUUCCAUUAACAGAAAAGAAAUAUAUAUGUAAAAAAUUUCACAGUUCAAAUUUCUCUGUAUUCCUCUUUCGUCUCUACAUACUCUCCAUUUAUGUGUAUAUGGAGUUUCUCUCUCCUGAAGUGAGUGACCGAUAAGAGAGAGAGAGAGAGAAAGAGGGAGUAAAAUGCGAGAAUGGCUCAGUACAGGCAAUCGGGAAACGAGAGGUUUGUGGUCCGUGGAGGCAACCACGAUCUCCACUACCACCAGCACCACCACCACGUUAACGGCGCAUCUUCGUCGGAUCACAUCUCCAUCGGGAUUCGUGCCGCCAGCAGUGGUUCGUCUCAGCACGGCAAGCCCGGUCGGGGCCGCCGAUCGGCGCGUUCUGACAAGAGCCGCGGCAUCUCCAGCGCGAUCGUCGUUGUCCUCUGCCUCGUGCUCGCUGUCACUGUCUUAGCGUACUACUAUAUUUCUGGUUACAAUAAUAAUGACGAUAUUAAUGAUAACAGUAAAGAACUUAAUACUUAUCAUGCUGAUGAUGAUUUAAGGAACGAUGGUGAUUUUCUUACAAAUGUGACAAGGAUGGAAACUGUUAAAGUCCUUGGGUUUGGCCAAGGUUCAGUAUCUCAUGGCCGAGACUCGAGGUAUUGGGAUAGGGAUGACAGGAGAAGGGAUGAUGACUACAAUGAGGAUGUGCUGGAGCGUUCAAGCAUAUCUUCCCAUGAUGUCUCUCAAAAUAAGGACCAUGUAUUCAAAAUGAGGAAUGAAAAUUUAGAGAUCUCUCUUGAUGAUCCCGUUAAAGGUUCAGGCCGGAAAGGGGGUGGGUUGUACAAUGAAGCUGGACGUAAUGAACUUAAAUAUGAAGCAGAGUAUGAAGCUUCUUUGGGAAAUGGGGUUCAAACCAGAAAUGAGCAUGGGAAUAGUGAUCAACUAUUAGAUGGCAAAAAUUCUGAAUCACAUCAUGAGGAUGUUGAUUCUGAUGCUGAGUACAGUAAUGCAAUUGACUCCCAUGACUUCCGAAUGGAAGAAUAUGAUGAUUCUUCUAAUGACAAUGAGGAACACUUUGAUGUUGCGAAAACUCUGAGUGAAAAGUCAGAUUUGGUUCAUGCUGGAACCAAGGAUCAGAAGAUUACAAAGGAGGCAGGGAAAGCUCUUUCUAAACUAUCUGGGGAGGAAAUUUCAUCUGGUUCUGAAGGUUCUGGUAAUUCUGAUACAAAUUCUCGACGUGUCAAUGUCAACAGUAAUCAGUCUACAAAGACAUUGCGCUUAGAUACCAAAAGAAGACCUAGACGCCGCAAAUUUUCUGGCUCUUGUGAGAUGAAGCUCUUAAAUUCUACUGCACAUCUGGUAGAGCCUUUAGAAACUCGAAAGUUCGCUAGAUUUUCCUUACAGUACAUAGAGAAGGAGGAGAAACCUUUUGUUGAGGCAGAGUGGGAACCUAGAUUUGCAGGUCAUCAGAGCUUACAGGAACGGGAAGAAUCUUUUUCGGCCCGUGACCAGAAGAUAAAUUGUGGUUUUGUUAGAGGUCCUGAAGAAUUCCCUAGUACUGGAUUUGAUUUGGCAGAAGAUGAUGAAAAUUACAUCAGUAAAUGUCACAUUGCUGUGAUCUCUUGCAUUUUUGGAAAUUCUGACCGGUUGAGGGAGCCUGCUGGUAAAAUGGUAAGUCGUCUCUCAAGGAAAAAUGUAUGCUUUGUAAUGUUUAUGGAUGAAGUUACUCUGCAAACACUUUCUUCAGAAGGUCAUUCGCCAGAUAGAACGGGAUUUAUUGGUCUGUGGAAGAUAGUAGUGGUGAAGAAUCUUCCUUAUUUAGACAUGCGGAGAGUGGGCAAAAUACCAAAAUUGUUGCCACAUCGGCUAUUUCCUUCUGCCAGGUAUUCAAUCUGGUUAGACAGUAAACUGCGUCUUCAACUGGACCCACUGCUCAUCUUAGAAUACUUCCUGUGGCGGAAAGGGCACGAAUAUGCCAUUUCUAAUCACUAUGAUCGGCAUUGUGUGUGGGAGGAGGUUGGACAAAAUAAGAAGCUAAACAAGUAUAAUCAUAGUAUCAUUGAUCAGCAGUUUAAGUUUUACCAGGCUGAUGGGCUGACAAGAUUUAAUGCAUCAGACCCUAACAAGCUUCUUCCUAGUAAUGUGCCUGAAGGGUCUUUUAUUGUAAGAGCGCACACUCCAAUGUCAAAUUUGUUCUCCUGUCUCUGGUUCAAUGAGGUUGACCGGUUUACAAGUCGUGAUCAGCUAAGUUUUGCAUACACUUACCAGAAAUUGAGAAGAAAGAAUCCUGAGAAACCAUUUUAUCUCAAUAUGUUCAAGGAUUGUGAGAGGAGAGCCAUAGCUAAGUUGUUUCGUCACAGAUCAGAGGAGAAGCGGAACAUCCGCCAGCAAGCAACGGAGUAAGAUGUGAUGUAAUGACUUCCUGGGGAACAGGUCCAUAUUAUAUACUAAUGCUCGGUCAUGCUCAUUCAUCUCCUGGUGAGAAGGGAUGUGCAAUUGCGUUGAUUUUACAAAGUACCGGCACUGGCACAAUGGAUAUUCUAUAUUGCGGUUAACUCUGUGAAUGUGGAAAUCUAUUUGCAUUUGGUGGGGAGGUCAAUAUUCUAGCAGUCCCACCGAUUCAAGUGGUUAGUUUUCUUCGGAAACAUCUUUUAUUGAGUUCAUUCUGUUGUACCCAAUUUAUUCUUCAUUAAUUGCUUCUUGAUUUGAGCUGAGGCAAGCGAAUACAUCCUACACUCUGUACCACUAGAAGAAGUUCCAUUCUUUUGUUGGUAUACUGUAAAAAAUUUUUGGUGCAUCCAAACUUGUAAGAUUACAUGGUCAACUUUAUAAUUAGUGAUUUGUUGUGACAUCAGAUCACGUGUUCUGAUAAAGAGCAUGCCUUAGAAGGAUCUCUUCUGACUGUCAAACAGUAAACUAUUUGUGGCCUAUUUUCUUGGUAGCUAAUGCUAAUGUAUACUUUAAA